CGAAGGGGCGCUUAUUUGAGUGGGGGCGCUAAUUCGAGGAUUUAUGGUAAAAGUUAAAAAUAUUGUUUUUUCGACGGUUGACAGUGAACAAAUUCAGGCAUUUGGCGUUUAACAGCUUAUUGUGGAUGGCUAUUGACAGUUGAUAGUAAAGUAUUAAUACUUAUUUUCCUUUUCAAUGGCUGACGGGUAACCCUUCCAAAACCCUUCAAUAAGGCCUGCUCCUUGUGCUUACUAACAACCUACUGUUAAUUAGGCAACAUACUUUCCCUAUUUUGUUCUUUACACUCAGCAAUCAAUUUUGAAUACCCAUUUGAAUCACUGAUUUCCUUGAUCUACUCAAGUAAUCUCCACUGCCAUUGCCAUAAAAUAAUACAUUUUCAAAAAGAAACAUCAAGGUGCAAUUCUAGCCUUAAAGGCGUCAAUCUGACAAAAAGUAUGCAUUUUGGUUGAUUCCCUACCACAUUUAGCCAUUGCACUCAAAAACUGGCCAAAAUAUGCAAGGUAAUGCAGAAAAAAACAUAUCAUGCUAUUAUCUAUGCAGUUUUACACUCUGGUAUAAAUUUUCAGCCACAUUGGUUAGAAGUGGCAAGUUUUAUUUUGAUUUGAAGUCGUGUUUGAUUUCAACUUCGAAGUAACACUGUACACCAUCUAUGGAUAUAUUAUGAUUUAACAACGUGACCAGCUCCCAGUUGUCUUGAUAGCUCAGUCGAUAGAGCAUUCCACCAGUAUCACAGAGGUCAUGGGUUUAAUCGCAUUCAAGCUUGAUUUUUUUUCCUCAGGCUUUAAGUUCAUGACUGCUUAAGUUGUGUGUAUAACUGCGAUGAUUGAUCUUGUCUUCACAUCAUUCUUUCUCCACAGCUCAAAUAUAUGAUCCUUCAUAUAUUCACUUGUAUUACCAUUCUGUUUUCUGAAGUCCAGGCAGCUGCUUAAAAUCUGUGAGCUGUAUUGAAAACUCAUUUGAAGGUGCACUGAUUGCCAUGUUUAUGCAGUGGUCAAGCAUAAUGGGAUCUGGGUCGGGCUUCUAGUGACGCCAUCAAAGGACAUUGCUGAAAUGCUCAAGAGAUGUUUGACUGGGUUUUGAGUGCUGUGAAAACAUAUGGGGUAUUUGUGCUUUUAUUGAAAAUAGACAAGGCUUUUAAGUGAAAGAACUGUAUCAUCCAGCAAUACAAUUCAGAGUCUAGCUACGAUUAGGACAGCUACAAUGUAUAUAUAUAUUUUUUCAUUUCGAAGUGUGGGUCACCAGUUGAGCCUGCCACACUGCAAGUCAUGAUUGACAAUUUGCCAGUCCAUUUGGCUUAUAAAGGUUAAAACCAUGGCUGAAGAGAUAACUUACAGCUAUUGAAGGGUUAUAGAAAUGUCAAUGAACAUGAAAAAAUUUGGGGAAAAAUUUGUCUUUUUGCUUUGUUAUUGCCAACCAACCGUAUGUAUGCAAAGUCAAUGACUGAAUUAGUGUGUGCAAACAUGAACAUUGUGAGUUACGCAAAUUUGCAUCUUUCGUACGAGUAAUUAACAAUGACAAGAUCUUGACAAAAGGUUCAGUGUGGUGUCAGUUAAAUGAAUACAUUUCUCCUUCGCUGUUCUUUUGUUUUAAAAGUCUUUUUUUACCUGUGCUAAUAACCGAGUGUUGCAUUUCGGUCGAAAACAAGCACAUUCUCCUUUCAGUGCUUCAAUCUCCAUCCGUAAAGUCCAAUCUAAAUAGUUUGAAUACUUAUUAAUGCUUGAUUCAUUUAAAGUUUGUAACUGAGAUAGAUAUAUUUCUUUGCUCAAAAAACAAAGCAAUACUGCGUAUGCUGAAGGACCUUUGAGAAACUCAGCCUGCGGGUUGUUGAUUUCAUGUGUGUAGCUUGUGUGUGUGGUUGUAUAUAAAAUCCAAAACUACAUAGCUAGCUCAGCAGUUCAAAGCCUCACUAACCUUAAUCACUUCAUUGUAGGACGUACGUGUUGUUGACUAUUCCUUAAGAAAAAAAAUGUGAUGUGAUUAAUUUGCCGUAUAUUUAGUUGUACGUAUUGGUAAAUGCCAACAAGUGAAUGAACCAUUGUCAAUGAGGAUAAUGGUUGUUUAGCAAGUAAUUUAUAUAUACAUGUAGAUGUACUGAAUUGUUGCCAAAGAAAGGACUGAUAUGGAAUGGUUUCCAGUAGAAGUUAAUUCAUAUUUGUUUGAAAUGUUUAAAAUUUGAGAAAUUGUACUUUAGGUGAUUUUGAGUAGACUGUUCACAGCCCUCUAUUUUCUUGUAUUUUUAUUCCAUCGUUGAACAUGCAAAUAGAGUCGGGAGAUGACUGGAUGCCAGCGCAAAACUGAAGACUUGACUUAACUUAUUGCUCACUUCGCUUGCAAACCCACCCCCACCCCCACGUGCUUUGUGCUCACUUUGCUCGCUUUUUCUUUCGCGUGUGUCAGUAGGGAGCCUGUGAACAGUCUAAUUUUGAGAAAGAAGCUCUAUUUCUUAUAUAUGCACAGCACAACUUUCUUGUUGUAGAUAUUUGUUCAGAAAUGCCAAGCAAUUCUAAAUAAUGUUCUCGUUUUGUAGUAGAUGAAUUCUCUUAGUUUCGGCAUACUAUAUAUUAAAUCUUGAUCUAGACGCACGGGCACGGUUGUUCUAAAAACCAGAUACCUGGCAGUCAAAAAUUUUAAACCAUGAGCUAGUACUUGACUAUUAUGAAUGUUUUAAUUUUUAAAUUCAUAUCUAUUAUAAACACACUUUUUUAAAAAACUGGCCGUUGAAUAUCGAAUAAGCUGCUUUUUAACAAAGAUUAGCAAAAAGUUCUGCAAAUCUCCGCCAUCACUCAGUACCUAUCAACAAUGUCAUGCAACCUGUGGCAAACUUUCGUCGUGUUCAGUGUGCUUCCAUGCUGAGUCCAAGUGAACAAUUCAAUGUAGAGGCCUGAUAAGUUUGGAAAUCCCAUGGUAUUUCUACACAGAGGUCAAGCAUUCUCAGCAGGUUUGAAUGGAAAUUAUGGUGGAAAAAUGGAAAUAAUUUCUGACUGCCGGGUAAAUAGUUUUUUGAAAAACGAUGCCCAUGAGUCACACAAAGCUCAGACAAUUUGUGACUUGCAAACCCAAAAACAUUGUAUAAAAUUGCUUGGUGUUUCUGACCAAAGGUCAAGAUACUCAAAUACUCUUGGGAGGUUUCAGUUGAUACUAACAAUUAUAAUUUUUUUCUAGAAUUGAUUAUCUAUGAAUUUUUGACUACCAGGUAUCUAGUUUUUUGAACAACCAUGCCCUUGACUGUGAAUCAAGAUUUUUAUAGUAUACCAAGGCUAAGAGAAUUCGUCCACUACAAAACCAAAACAUUAUUUAGAAUUGCUUGGCAUUUCUGAACAAAUAUCAAGACUUGAUAUUUUCAAAAAUCACAAUCAAAACCAGCUUUAAGAGUACUUAGUACUCUCAGAGCCGGUUUCAAUUGUGAUUUUUGAAGGUAUUAUUCUAUAAGAGCUCUGGAGCCAGAGCACGCAAAUUUUCUGUGUCGAAGCCUCGAGAUUUUAUGGUGUACCCAAACUCGUAAAAAGCUACCACAGACCAACACCAUAUAUUAUAUGUAUAUAAUUUGAUUUUUGGACACCCUCAUAUUUGUUACUCUUAAGAACUGUAUAAUUUGCCUUUGACAGAAAUGUUAGGGGGACUGAAAGCCAGCUUUUGCCCUUUUUCAACUGCACCAACAUUUCAAAUCCAAAGAGCAUAUUGCAAAUUAGCCCUUACAUGAAUGAGCUGGCUCCAAGAGCCCUUUGAUUACAGAAGUAAUGAACCUGGGAUCGGAGAACUGCUUGAUGGCUCCCUCUUUCGGUCCGACUUUGCACAAGUCAGCACACUCUCUUUUGUCUUUUUCUCGUUUCGGGAUGAGUGCCAUCGAGACAGAGGUAUUGAAGGAAGAGGAUAGCUCUCUCCUAAGCUUGCUGUACUGCUACUCUCUUGAACAACACAUCUACCUUGCAUAUUUCUGCAACAAUUUUGAAUCAAGCUAUCACAUGUUUGCAUAUAUUCUUCUCAGAAGCAAAACAUUGUUAGUCCUUCAAUGACAUCACAGGCCAACUCACCCCAUUCAUUGCUAUUGUUUGGUUGUGGCCAUGAAAGCAAAAUUGGGGAGUUAAUUGCACUUUAACUCAUUUAUGUCUUCCUGCAUGAAUUGAAGGGAUUCUGUCAUGCUCUGUUUUUCUUCUUUGAGUUUUGCAACUCUUGCUUUAAGGUGGUUGAACUCGCUAAGUAUGAGGAGGACUUUGUCCAAUUUCUCUUCGACAAGUUUGAGUUUCUCGAAGCACAGCUUGACGACGUCUUGUUGUUGUUCUUCAUUUUUAAGCAGGAAUAGGUGGGGCACACAAAGGCACAUCUGCCAUCUUCACUUUGUCCCAGGCUAGGUCAUGUGGUUUUUGAAGUUGACCGCUGCCCAGGUUUUUGAUUGGAUUGCAGGCUCGAGCCAAAUCAGGAGUUCUUUUUUAGGCUUGGCUAAAUCUAUAUAUUAUGCUUAUGCUCAGUAUUUGGCAUUGUCUUUGAAUACAUGGCAUCAAGUUCUCACAAAAAGCAGCAUUGUGCUAACUAAUUUUGUUGUUUAAUUCCGCAAUCCCCGGGCUGUCUAAAAACUCAUUUAGUUGGGAUCUGGAGGUAUGGAUUGAGUAGCAUUUUCUUCUGUCAGUUAACUCCCAAAUUACAGUGCAUUGAUUAAUUAGAAUUUCUUGUUAUGAACCUUUGAACAGUGUCAACAGUGCUUUAGUUUCCUAAUAAAUUAUCUAUACUUCAUGGGCUUUCUACUUGCCCUGCCUCCCCAGAUUUGCCAGGAAAUCAUUCAUGUGUAAUGCAUGUACAAUCUUUAUAUGCAAAAUAUAUUUCUUAGUGAAUGAAUGUGUCUGUGCAGUAUUAAUUUUGUCUUCUUGUUUUGUUAGGUACCCCUUUCAUGGUGAGACUUCAUGAGCAGUUAAAGUUCUUUGUCAACUGUAAGAUUUCUACUGACCCUGCUUGGCAAGGGCUGAGAAUAUAUCUGUCUGGACAUGAGACACCUGGUGAAGGUGAGCAUAAGAUAAUGGAGUUUAUCAGAUCAGAGAAGAUGCAUGCUGCCUAUGAUCCCAACACAAGGCACUGUUUAUAUGGCUUGGAUGCUGAUCUGAUAAUGCUUGGGCUCUCAUCACACGAACCUCAUUUUUCUCUGCUUCGAGAAGAAGUGAGGUUUGGAAAAGCUGCCAAAAGAAUAACAAAGCCUGAAAAGACGACUUUUCAUCUUCUUCACCUGUCCCUGUUCAGAGAAUAUCUGGAUUGGGAAUUUAGUGAACUAAAGGAGAAACUUCCCUUUCCUUAUGAUCUUGAGAGAAUCAUAGAUGACUGGAUUCUAAUGGGAUUUCUUGUUGGGAAUGAUUUUAUCCCACACCUGCCAAAUCUACACAUUAACCAUGAUGCUCUGCCGUACCUGUACAGAGUUUACAUUGAUGUUAUGCCCUCUCUGGAUGGUUUUCUCAAUGAUGGUGGAAGGCUUAUGCUACCCAGAUUUGAGCAGUAUCUUGUUGCCUUGUCUAAGUUUGACAGAGACCAAUUUGAAGAGAAGUUUGUUGACAUGAAAUGGUUUGAAAGUAAGAAGGGUUUCACAUUUGGAAAUAAGCCAGAGGAACUGCAGAAUGAUGACUCAUUGCUGACUUUGGACAACAGUUUUGCUGCUUUAGAUUUAAUUCCUGGAGAGUCUACUGCUACAAAAAGAAAAGAGGCAAAAAGUAAAACGAAUCCAGAACUUGAAAAGCUUGCAGCAAAAUUUGAUGAAGACCUACUAGGUGAUGAUGAAGACAUCUUUGACACUGAGUUUGCAAUGUUCAAGAGAGACUACUACAUGCAAAAGUUUGGAUAUGAAGAAAUUACCAGUGGUGUACUAGCUGAGCUAACUUUCCAGUAUGUCCAAGGAAUCCAAUGGAUUCUGCUUUACUAUUUCUGUGGAGUGCCAUCUUGGAGUUGGUUUUAUCCUUUCCAUUAUGCUCCAUAUAUGUCAGAUGUUAGGAAAUUCAGUGAACUAGAAAUAAAGUUUGAGCUGGGAACUCCUUUCCUUCCCUUUGAACAACUGUUGGCUGUGUUGCCUGCUGCUAGUAGACAGCUUCUCCCAAAACCUUUCCAGAACUUGAUGAUCAUGGAGCAGUCGGAUAUUAUUGAAUAUUAUCCUCUGAAUUUCAAGACUGAUUUAAAUGGUAAACAGCAAGAAUGGGAAGCUGUGGUCCUGAUUCCAUUUAUUGAUGAGCGGAGGCUACUCGAUGCUAUGUCACCUCUGUAUUCAAGGUUAACUGAAGAGGAAAUGACCCGUAACAACCAUGGUCCUUGCCUGCUUUACACAUAUGACCCAAACCUCAGCUUUUUCUGCCCUUCAUCAUUGCCUGGAAAAUUUCCUGACAUUUCCUGUUGUCAUGCCAGGUGUGAAGUGCUCAAUAAAGAUGUCUUUCAUGUUGAUGUACAGCACAUGCAUCAAGGUCUAUGUGAGGGAGUCAAACUUGAUGUGUACUAUCCUGGAUUCCCCACUUUGUAUCAUGUUCCACACACGGCAGAACUCAAGAAGGCCAAUGUUAAGGUUUUCCAGAUGCACAGCAAGGGUAGAAGUAUGAUUCUUCAGAUCACUGAGCCACAUGAAGAGAUACCAUCCUUAAAUAUAGCAAAGGAAUUGCUGGGGGAAACUUGCUAUGUUGGCUGGCCACAUAUGGUUGAAGCUCUAGUAAUGGCUGUUUGUGAUGGCAAUAAAAGAUUAACUCUGGAAAAGAAGAGUACAAACAAGUCUUCAAAGGAAAUAAUUCAGCAGGUCUUGACAGAGCUAGAGGUUAAAAGCUGGAAACAUCAAGUCAAAUGCAUGAGAGAAUAUCAUUUAGAAAGAAGAGGAAUAGAACUUGGAGAAACAACUGUUAUGAUAGAAGCUUGUACAAUUAGAGGAAAGAGAUAUGUAUGUGGAGCUAAAGGUCUGGUCACUAUGGAAAAUGAAUGGUCACCCAUGCCGGUCUGUUAUCCUUACCAGUUGACUGUAAAGGACAUCCAUGUCCAUGAAUGUCAUGAAGAUGAUAACAUUCACACCAUUGAAGACCUUUUUCCUAUUGGAAGUCAAUGCUUCAUGUUAGCAUCGCCAUAUUAUGGUGCUUCAGGUGAAGUGAUAGAGAUUGAUGUUAAGCAGUCCCGUGUUAGAGUUCAGCUUCAAGUGCCAACUGAACCUGAUAUAUCGUCUGUCAUUGAUCAACAUCAGGCCAUGUCACUUCAUUACCUGCCAGCAUAUGUUGUAGCGAAAAAGCUUGGUAUUUCUGCAAACUUGCUAUCAAGAAUAACUGGCAGUUUUCUUAUCGAGCCAGGAUCCAGUACCGAUGCAUCUGGUGGAGGCACAAAGGUAGAUAUUGGACUGAACAUGAAAUUCAGUAAACAGAACAAAGAGGUAAGUAAUAAAUAUGGAUGGCUUUGUCUGUGUCUUUUUUGGGGGGGGUGAGGGGGAGUGGAAUUGUUGUGAGGUUAAAAUGGGGCUAAAAUUGGAUGUCUCAUAUAAUAAUAUCCCUGGUCCCUGUUGUUCUAAGGGUUGAAAAUGCUGUCAGCUGAUAAGUCACUAUCCAGUGGAUAUCAGGGCUUAUUCUGGCAAAACUUAUCCACUUGAUAGUGAUUUACCUGGUAGAAGGCAUUAUUCAAAAUUUCCCCCAAGCCUUCUCCUUGGAAAUUAUUUAAUAUUAUGUAUCACAGGAAUAAGCAUUUGUAUAAUGUAACUGUACCUCAAUUUGUACAAAAAAGGAUAGCUGCAGCAGCACAGAUUUUUGCAAUUGUAUGGUGUAAAGAAUGGUAGUUAUGAGCCAAAAAGAAGAGACCUGGUAAUGGGAUUUUUGCUCCUAGUUCAUUUAAUUUUGUUCAUAUGACAACUGGUGCCUGUUUUAGGGACCUCAUAUUGCCAUAGAAGUUUUCUCUACGUGUUUAUCACCAAUCACUUUGUACUUCUUCUCUUGCUUGUACAUGUAAAACGGUGGCAUGUUACCAUGGUUACCAAUGGUCUUUGGCUUUUUGUAGAAGUUUUAUUCAACAUUACAGCUGAACUCAUUUGCUAACAAUCAUUUCUGCACAAUGAACUCUAUACUCUACGGCUCUACAAUCACACAUAUCUAGAUAAUUAACAGUAUGGCUCUACAAUCUCGCAUUUUUAGAUAAUGAUCUGUAUGGCUCUAUGAUCACACAUUUUUAGAUAAUGAACUCUAUGGCUCUAUGAUCACACAUUUUUAGAUAAUGAACUCUACGGCUCUACCACUCUACCCCUCUACCCCUCUGCAAUCACGCAUUUUUAAAUAAUAAACUCUGCAGCUCUAUGGCUCUGCGGCUCUACGGCUCUACAUAUCCAUACCAAGCAUAGAAUAGGAAUUGUUUAUUUCAUUUUUUUUCUUUAAUACUUCUUCAAACUGUACUAAGUACGUGACACAGGUGCCCAAAAAUCUAAACAAAACUUAAGUGUUAUUUUCGUUGUUUCCAGUAAAUAAAUAAGUCAUGAAUGCAAUAGAAACAAUGGGCUUACUAACAUUCUAAGUUUCCCAAGAAAGCUUUGAAUAAAACCAAGGGCCUUUCUAACAAACUAAGGAAAGUUUUGAAUUGAAAUGUGGGUUGCACUGUCGUACGAGCUUACAGAGGAAAGUUUUGAAUUGAAAUAAGGGUCGUACUGUCAUACUAACGUACAGAGGAAAGUUCUGAAUUGAAACAAGGGUCGUAGUAGUGUACCAAAGAAAGCUUUGAAACAGGGGUUGUACUAACGUGCUAGAGGGAAAGCUUUGAACGCAAAGAAGGGUUGAAGUAACGUACUAAGGCACUAAGGAAUGGAAGUAAAUUUGUUAAAAUAUGCAGUCGUCCUAAUGUACAAAGGAAAGUAAAUGUGGUGAAAUAAGCAUUUGUGAUAACGUACUUACUCAGGGAAAGUAAAUUUGGUGACUUGCGGUCGUACUUACAUAAUAAGGAAAGGGUUGAAUUACCUCUUACUAACAUUCAAAGGAAAGUGCAAAUAUUGGUACACACCAUUUGUGUAGCUUGCUUGAUAUGGUGGUGAGAAUUAAAUUUGCUGAUUGCCGAUAUUUUUUUUGGCUUCAAAUUUUGGCCAAAUGUUGGGCGCUCUAUCCAGAAUCCGGCCUAUUGUAUGCUUUAUGUGAGCUCUCAGAAUAAGCGUUACAGACUUUCUGUUAUCAUUGAAUUCUUAAUGAUUCUAACUCGUGUUUUCUUUCUGGAUUUGUGGAUACUGAAAACUGCAUACCGGCAUUCAGUAUACUAAAUAGAUUACGUUCAAACUAAAUAUUUAAGAGUGUCGUAUUGUUUUAAGCAUGAUCAAUAGCAAAAAUUAAUCUGUCUAAAGUACAUUGUAUCCUCUGAUAACUUUCCUUUCUACUUACUCUUUCCGUUUAAUUGUAAAACCCGGAAAAUUUAACAUGUACAGUCUACAGUCACAGAAAAUAAGUAUCUAUAAGGUAAGGCUAUUUGGUAUUGGAGCGUGUCACUCUGGUCAGAGGAAAGUGUCCAUUGUCCCAAUUAAGCAGGCUAUUGUAAGAACAUAUAACAGGCUUUUUAUGGAAACUGGAAGUUAUGGAGCUACUGUAAACUUCUGCUUAUAAGCCUGGGGCUUAUACUCUUUUGUAAGGUGUUUUUGAUGGGCUUAUAAUCGGAGGGACUUAUAUCCAGGGGGCUUAUAAGCUGAAUAACAAAAAACGUUUCGAAAUAAGCUAAAGCAAUGUUGAUCAAAAUAAAUUUCUCAUGUACUGGUUUUCAAUAAGCUUCAAGGACGGUGCCUACCAAAUACAAAGGUUUUUGCACCAGAUUAGGACCGUGCGGAAAAAGUAGAUCUUU